AUGCACCUGCUGCUCCUUUUCCACCUCUUCUGGCUCUCAGUCAUCUCUGCUGCCAAGGAUGCGAUCACUCGUCCAGAAGCAGUGAGUGGCGUGGAGCGGGGUUCACUGACUGUGCAGUGUCGCUAUGACCAGCAAUGGGAGACCCACAGGAAGUGGUGGUGUCGAGGAGCUACUUGGAGCAGCUGCAAGAUCCUUGUUAAAACCACUGGAUCAGAGCAGACGGUGAAGAUGGACCGUGUGUCCAUCAGGGAUGAUCAGAAAAACCACACGUUCACUGUGACCAUGGAGGAUCUGAGGAGAGACGACGCUGACACUUACUGGUGUGGAAUUGAGAGAACUGGAACUGACCUUGGGGUCACAGUUAAAGUGACCAUUGACCCAGCGACAGUCACCCAGGAAGAGACCAAAAGCUUCUCGACUUUGACCAGCCACUACCCCAGUGGCAGGCAUGCCCACAUGAAGCUCAGUGUCCUUAUUCCCCUCACCUUUGCCGUGUUGCUGCUUCUCUUGGUUGUGGCCUCACUGUUGGCUUGGAGGAUGCUGAAGCGACAGAAGAAGGCUGCUGGGAUAUCCCCAGAGCAGACAGAUCUUGUGAUUCCCCUGCAGCCCCUGGAGAGUGACCUCUGCUAUGCAAACCUGACCCUGCAGCAGACUGGAAGCUCCCGCAGCCCCUCCCAGAAGAAGGUCCCCACAGAGCCCUCCUCCUCUGCCCAGGCUGGCCAGGCAGAAGUGGAAUAUGUCUCCAUGGUUUCCUUUCCGAGGGAGGAAGUUCCCUAUGUGUCACUGUCUUUGGACAACUUGGAUCAGGAGCCAACCUACAGCAACAUGAGCCAUCUUAUCAACUACACCCCUGGCAGGGACCACGAGGAGCCCACGGAAUACAGCGCCAUCAGGCGGCUGUAG